CGGGGCUUGUCCACCACCGGAGAUAUCGGAGUCCCACUCAUGCGUAUCGAGUGAGAUACACGGUGGCCGGAAGUGCCGUCUCGAUGGGAGAGGGUACUCGUACCAGCGUUACUUCGGCGAGACGUCAGCCUCGCGCAGCUCGAUGGGCCACGGAGAAUCGUCGAGUGAAAACAGACGCAGGGGCUGAAACGGCUGGAAGGCUCGAGUGGCGCGGAGUCCAGCUCGUUCCAACUUCCAGGGCAACGGGGCAGACGGGAAACUUCGGUAACCGUGGAACGAUACCUCUCCGCCGCCGGCUCGCUGAAAAGUUCCUCGGAAGUGUUACGACCCGCGCCAACCUCCAACGAAUCUUUUCUACUUUUAUAAGCGAACCGUGGCCGUUCCAGGACCAAGUGUCACCCAACUGUCCAUGAGCCCUGGCUUCGUUAGCCGUAAUCGUUUCCCGCGGCCCGAGUUUCCCGCCGAAGUUUCCGAACGCAAUCGUGGUUUCAUUGGUCGUUAGCCACAUUGCCCUCCGACUCGAGAGCUCUCUUCUGCCCAGGGACGUUCGAAGUUGACAACGAACGGCACCGAGACCCGAUCGUUGAUUUUCCUCCCUGCAAUCGUGCCUUUCACGCGCAAUUUUGGUAAUUUUGCAUCGCCCGGAGAUACGGGUGCCUCCUUGCAUCGUUCUCUGUGAUAUCUGGCGGUUGGAACAGCGUUUGUCGAUGGUUGGACGAUAUUCUUCGAGGAUCCCGGGCCCGACACCGAAUUUCGACGAGCUUCGGUGAAAAAUGUGGAGACCGAAAAAAGGAUUCGACGAAGAGGAUCUUGCUGGACAAAUUCGCGCCGUUCGACGGGAGCACCUAGGGAUCGAAUCGAUGGGACGGUCUCGCCAGCACUCUGGGCCGAAGGUGAAGUAGGAUUACUUCGAUACUUGGGGGGUACGAAGAGGAAUGGAGGUGAAGUGACGAAGAAUUUAUGGAAGAUAGGUUCCAUUAGAAAGAAGAGAAAUCUUUACGCAGCGGGAAGUGUCCGUGGGUUAAAAAUUGCUUCCCGAUUCGUUUCAACCGAUCGCCCGGGCUCGACUUCGAAAAGUGGAAUCCUUGGGAUAAACGUUGUCCGAUGGAAAGAAAAUGCGAAGAAUUGAAAAUAAGAAGCUUGAUAGCAGUGCUUGAGUGGAAAGAAAAGGAAAGGCAAACUAGGUGCAAUGAAUACUUGGAAUAAUAAAAGCAACGUGGGAAGCAAACUACUCGCGAGGAUGAAACAUUUGGAACGCCAAUAACUAAGGGAACAAACUAGCCAAAAUUAAAAAAAAAAAAAAAACAAAAUUAUCAAAACGUAGUUAGGCACCCAAACGUUUGUAACUCGAGACAAUUUCUAUCCAGAAGAAUUCAUUCGAUCCGAAUUCAUACCAAGGCUUUCAUCGUCGACAGAAGCUAGCUAGAAGCGACGCAGAUACGAAGAAUAGAUGUGAACAAUCGGGGAGUGCUAGCCAUUUAAGAGGGAACGGAACAUUGUUCGCAGAGAUCUCUAGUGCUAUGCGUCGCGUUGGCUCCUGGAGCCUCGAUGACCUUGAUUCAGCGAGCAUGAAGCACCCAUCGAGGUCACCGGGUCUCGAGAUUGCUAUGGCACUGUUCGGCAUGGUCUGGCUGCUGCGUGUUCGCUCGGAGAUGCGUCGGUGCUCCAAGUGCCGGCACGAGGAGAUUCUCGCUGCCCAGCAGCAACAGCAGCAGCAGCAGCAGCAACAGCAACAGCAGCUGCAGCAGCAACAGCAGCAGCACCAUCACCUUCACCAUCACCCGCACCAUCAGCAACGCACGCUGUCGCAGGCCACCAGUCUGCUCCAGACUCCCGACGAUGGCGUCAGCUCCUCUGCAAACACUCUUUUCACUUUGGACACGCCUGGCGCCGCAGGAUCCGCCGGAAGUUACUGCGAGGUUCACGGCUUCGUGCAGGCAAAAGAAGAUAUCCAGGAGUUUUACGAGCUGACGUUGCUCGACGAGUCGAAAUCGGUGCAGCAGAAAACGGCGGAGACGAUUCGCAUCGCCGACAAAUGGGAAGCCAGCGACGGGCCAAUUACGCCGACCUCCGCUCAAAACGACGGUGGUCCAGCCUUCCCCGUGAACCAGACUCUGUCGAACAUUUAUGGCCGCAGGUCGGCCAGUCCCGAUGUUCCAGACCACGUAGACGAAGUUCAGAAAACGCGGUAUACUGGCAGAGGCGUGGAGGAGCAGUUGCCACCCCCGCCAUUGCCACCCCAGCUGAAGGAGGCAGGACAGCUGGACGGAGUUCCUAGACCAAAUUCAGUCGAUCGUAUUCUUCAUCCUGAUGGUAGCCAGCACAUUCUGACUAGUCAUGAGACGCUCAAUAAGAGUCACGACAGCUGGCAAGGACACGACGGCGACCAGGCACACACGCCCCUUCUUGCGGCUGACACGAGACACGUAAACGGUGACGAUGAUUGGGAGUACGAGGAAAUCGUCCUGGAGAGGGGUGGCGCUGGGCUUGGGUUCAGCAUCGCUGGGGGCACGGACAAUCCUCACUUUGGCAACGACACCGCCAUUUACAUCACGAAACUCAUCCCAGGCGGUGCUGCGUCCGCGGAUGGCCGUCUGCGUGUCAACGACACGAUACUCCAGGUGAACGAUGUGUCCGUUGUCGACGUUCCGCAUGCAGCAGCCGUCGACGCCCUCAAAAGAGCGGGCAACACCGUUAAACUAUACGUCCGGCGGAGGAGAUACGCACAGCUGAUCGAAAUCGAGUUAAUUAAGGGUAACAAGGGCCUCGGUUUCAGUAUCGCCGGUGGUAUUGGCAAUCAGCAUAUACCCGGUGACAAUGGAAUCUACGUGACGAAAAUUAUGGAGGGCGGUGCCGCGCAAGUGGACGGCCGUCUUGUAGUCGGAGACAAAUUGGUCGCCGUCAGAAACGCUCUGCAGGGCGACAAAAACCUCGAAAACGUAACGCACGAGGAAGCAGUGGCGACUCUGAAGGCGACCCAAGACCGCGUGGUUCUUCUGGUGGCGAAACCGGAAACCGGAAUCGUGCCUCCGCCACCACCCCCGAUGGCCUCGGACAAUUCACUCUCGCCGCAACCACGAAAACAAAAUGGCUCUGUGUCAGCGCUGGAGAACAACUCGACCCUGCCGUACUCGCAAGAAUCACGUCACGCGUCUUCACUCGCGCUUCAUGGAGCGACCACGCCACGAGCUGUUUCUCAAGAGGACGUAUCACGAGAGGUACGCACGGUCGUACUUAACAAAGGCUCCUCCGGACUGGGUUUCAACAUCGUCGGUGGCGAAGAUGGCGAGGGAAUUUUCAUUUCCUUCAUCCUAGCCGGAGGCCCGGCCGACCUCAGCGGUGAACUGCGUCGUGGCGAUCAAAUACUCAGUGUCAAUGGCAUUAAUCUUCGGACAGCCACUCAUGAAGAGGCCGCCGCAGCCCUCAAGGGUACUGGCCAGACAGUGACGAUCGUGGUACAGUACAAGCCCGAAGACUACAACAGAUUCGAGGCCAAGAUCCAUGAUCUUAAACAACAGAUCUCCCAGCAGAAUAUGAUGACAGGCACCCUCAUGAGGACCUCGCAGAAGAAAUCACUUUACGUCAGAGCGUUGUUCGACUACGAUCCUAACAAGGACGACGGGCUGCCGAGCCGUGGUUUGGCAUUCCGUUACGGUGAAAUCCUACACGUGACGAACGCCAGCGACGAUGAAUGGUGGCAGGCCAGAAGAGUGAAUCCUCAAGGGGAGGAGGAGGGCCUUGGGAUAAUACCGUCGCGCAGGCGAUGGGAACGGAAGCAACGCGCCAGGGAUCGUUCCGUCAAGUUCCAAGGCCACAUGCCCGUCAUCCUCGACAAGACGGUUGACCAAUUACAGCAAUCGACCCUGGACAGGAAAAAGAAGAAUUUCUCGUUCAGCAGGAAGUUCCCGUUCAUGAAGAGCAAGGACGACAAAUCCGAGGAUGGUUCGGACCAGGAACGGUCGCCCACGACACCCGAGAAUGAAAACGAUCCUACACCAUUCAUGCUGUGCUACACCCAGGACGACACUAACACCGAAGGGAGUAGAGAAAUUUUGUAUCGUGUUGAACUGCCUUAUAUGGAGGAACUGACGUUAGUUUAUCUGGAGAAGGAGGAUGAUGAGAAUGAUGAAGAGCUUAGCAGCGAAGAAAAUGUGUUGUCGUACGAGGCAGUCCAGCAGCUCACCAUACAGUACACUCGACCUGUCAUUAUCCUCGGACCCCUCAAGGAUCGCAUCAACGACGACCUCAUCUCGGAGUUCCCCGACAAAUUCGGUAGCUGUGUGCCACAUACAACGAGGAGUAGAAGAGAAUACGAAGUGGAUGGACGUGAUUAUCACUUCGUGGCGUCGAGGGAACAGAUGGAGAGGGAUAUUCAGAACCACUUAUUCAUCGAAGCUGGACAGUACAAUGACAAUCUUUAUGGAACCUCCGUGGCGUCUGUUCGAGAAGUCGCCGAAAAGGGAAAACACUGUAUCCUUGACGUGAGCGGAAACGCCAUAAAGAGGUUACAAGUGGCGCAGCUGUAUCCCAUCGCCAUCUUCAUCAAACCGAAAUCCGUUGAAUCGGUCAUGGAAAUGAACAAGAGAAUGACAGAGGAACAAGCGAAAAAGACGUACGAACGAGCAUUGAAGAUGGAGCAGGAGUUUGGAGAAUACUUCACCGCCGUGGUGCAAGGCGACACGCCCGAGGAGAUCUACGUGAAAGUAAAGGAAGUGAUCGCCGAGCAGUCUGGCCCGAACAUUUGGGUACCAUGCAGGGACCAGCAACUGUGACGUCCUGCCCCCCACGCUCAGCCUGGCCCGAACGCUUGGACUCUACCUCCGAGGCGUCAAGCUUAAUUACUCUUAAUAAAAUAAUCAAGUAACCACUCUCAAUGCCUUCCCCGUUCCCAUCCCGAUGCCGUUCUCACCCACACGCCCUCCCGUCCCAAUUCGAGUAACACAAUGUCCCAGUUAAAGGCGUUAACCGAGCGAUACGAAGCUCGCCGAGAAUGGCUUCGUCCAACGAAGCCUCGAGAUUCACCGAUGUUAGUCUCGCGAGAGAGUAAAGGGGUUAACGAACAGAGAUUAUAAAGAGUAUGCGAUAUGUUCCUCAGCGUGUUCAGUCUCCUACGUGACUCAUAACUUGUGAAGUCGAGAGCUCGAUCGUUUGAGACACGAAGCAAUCGACUUGUACGUCCGAAGACAACGUUGGACUGACUCGUUUCGAAAUCAAGCGUGACCCGUGUCGAUUAUCGUCACAGAAUAUUUAAUCCUUUCGUUGGGAGCCAGUUCAAUGCGCGAUGAUCUCUGGACGGCGACUAUGGUCGUAUUAGAAGGGUUCCAGGCGAUGAUCCCCUUCGAACGCGACAGCAUAGUUGGGACGCGCGUUAUAGUGUUAAUACCAGAAGGUGUUUUGUUGUACCAAGAUGUUUUUCAUGCAUACAACGGGUUUGUUGAGAACAAGGAGACACCGCCUGUCGCGUACUCGUCUUCAUGUUGAUUUUAUUACACGGUAGAAGCGUCGACGCGAAUACACGCGGCGGUCGGACCGAAGCCCCUCGCCCCGCAACGAACAAACUCAACGAACGUUAAUCGUGCUUCGUAUUUUAUAACGAACGCCCUCUACCCUCUACCCCCGACCAGAGAUGGGCAUAAUUUUUAUCUAGAAAGAAUAAAAUUACAAACUGAAUAAUACAAUCAUACUGAAAUAAUAGGAAAGCUUAUCUGAACGAAGGAUAAUAAUUUUCAAGGCUCCUAUAAGCUAGUAUUUAAUUUGUUGUUUGAAGCUCUUGAGUUUUGUUCUACGAGAACACUGAUCCUAUCAGGUAUCAACUUUAAGUAUUCUUUUAUGCUAUUUAAUUAAAUUUAUGUUGUAUAAAGUAUACAAGUUCACUUACAGGUCCCAAGAAUUAAAAAUUCCAAAACCACCCCUUCGAAACGUAUAAUUAAUAGCUUUUUCGAGACCAAUUGUCACCAAUUUAACCUGCAUGAAUAGAUUUUUUUUAUUCCAGCAAGAUUCUGCCCAUCUCUGCCUCCGGCGUCUUCGUCGUCCUCCCAAUGAAGAAGACGAGGGAACGCCGUCGUGUAUUCGCCUCGAUAUCGAUUUUAACGCGUAUAUCGACGACUCGACUCCGUGGUCGAGGAGCCGUGUUUUACGGGACAAAGACUCGCGCCACGGUUGUUCCGCGAUCAGAUCAACCGUGAUGCGUUCUACACGUUGUGUAUGUAUAGCUGCGAUCCACUGGUGAACGCGACACCAGGUUAGGCGAACGGAGCGUGUCAUACAAGGAUCGCAAACACGAUUUCUCGCCGCGAUCCAAUCGCAACGAUGCGCACACAGCACCGCUAGACGCUUGAAACCAUGAUUCUCCACGCGCAAAUCGCGGCGGGAUUUCUAUCAAAUUAUGAAGAAGAGAAAGAGAAAGUAAGACAAAGAGAAACGCAACAGGAUUGAACGGAUGCGCGGUAAAUAAAAUUGAUAAUGAAAAUUAAAAAAAAUAACUUGGCUUCGUCGAUCACUAUAUAUAGCUUGUCCGGUUAAUUCUGAGCGAAGUAGCGCGGUAUUUUUUAAUGUACUUAAUCGCAAUAAGAGGCGGCGGAGAUGAAAAUCGGAGGAGUAUUCGCUCGAAUCGUCGAACGACGUCGUUGUCGAUGCGUAAACGUUAACUAUGAUAUAGAAAAAGAGGAGGAG